AUGGGUUCCCACGGCACCGACGAUGUCGGCACCAAGGCCCUCGGCACCACCGACGUCCAAAACACUGCCACCCACGACUCGGCAGACAUGGGCAACGCUCAAAUCGACGCCGCGGUUGGGCAGGCUCUCCACCAGAUUGAGGCUCGCAAGGUCCAUUGGUACUCGUACCUGACCACGAUCGACUUUUGGAUCGUCCUCGCCCUCGGACAAGUCCUGGCCCUGUGCAUCACCGGCACCAACACCUUCAGCCAGCUGCUUUCCAACGUUGGCACCUCGAUCCCGGCCUUUCAGACCAUCUUCAACUACGUGCUGCUGACGCUCAUCUACUUCAGCUACACGCUGUAUGAGUACGGUCCGCGGAAGCUGGGCCGCAUCUGGCUCCGGGACGGCUGGAAGUACUUCAUCCUCAGCUUCCUCGACGUCGAGGGCAACUACUUCACCGUCCUGGCCUACCGGUACACUAACAUCCUGUCGGCGCAGCUCAUCAACUUCUGGGCCAUCGUCGUCGUCGUCCUGCUGUCCUUCUUCUUCCUCAAGGUCCGCUACCGGCCCUUCCAGAUCAUCGGCAUCCUCGUGUGCUGCGGCGGUAUGGGCCUGCUCAUCGGCUCUGACCACCUGGAGGGCAGCAACGGUGGCCCCGGCGAGGACAUGCUCAAGGGCGACCUCUUUGCCCUCGUCGGGUCCACAUGCUACGGCCUCAGCAACGUCUUUGAGGAGUGGCUCGUCAGCCGCCGGCCCGUCUACGAAGUCCUCUCCUUCCUCGGCGUCUUUGGCGUCAUCAUCAACGGCGUCCAGGCCGCCAUCUUUGACCGGGAGCAGUUCGCCACGGCGACCUGGACCCCCGAGGUCGGCGGCUACCUGGCCGGCUACACCCUGGUGCUGGCGGUGUUCUACUCGCUCGUGCCGUUCGUGCUGCGCAUGGCCAGCGCCGCCUUUUACAACAUCAGCCUGCUCACCGGCAGCUUCUGGGGCGUCAUCAUCGGUAUUCACGUCUUUGGCUACGUCAUCUCCAAACUCUACCCCGUCGCCUUCGUCCUCAUCAUCCUCGGCCUGCUCGUCUACUUCCUGUCCGGCAGCAUGCUCGGCGAGUCCAAGAAGCCCUGGCUGGGCGACAACCAGGAGGAGGGCCACGCCGGCUUCGGAACGGCCAAGCUCAAGGCUCUCAACUUGGCCAGGAAGCAAGGGCUUACUGGUACGGCUGCUGAUGAUGCCCGGGUUGUUUGA